AUGCACGUGCGGGUUCCAAAGAGCUUCCAGCACAAAACAAAUAGCAUUUCCACUACGUCAUACACGCUCAUCACCUUUCUUCCUGGAAGGUUGGCCAAAGAAAUGACAAAAACAUUCAACCUUUUUUUUGUGAUCCUUUGCUGCAUUGUGAUGAUCCCCAAUUUGACCUCCUUCUCAAAGUCUUCCUACAUAUUGUGCAUUUCAUUCUAUAUUUGCACAAGCAUUCUGAAAACCGGAAUAAAUGAAAUUAAAAAGUACAGGCUAGACAGAAAAAUCAAUAAAAGAGAGGUAGAUGUAAUUCGGCACGAAAACCUCACCAAGAUAUGGAGGGAGGACAUAAACGUAGGAGAGCGGGUGAUAAUAAAAAAAGGAGAAAUUAUUCCAGUGAACACACUUGUGCUAGGCGCAUAUACAGAGAAAGGCAGAGGAAGCGGUGGGUGCGUCCCGCAGAUACACAUCGAAACCAGUGCAAUCGAUGGAGAGAGUGCACUAAAGCUUAGAUCCCCACUUACAGCGAUGGGGUCAACAGGCGCGCUGGAGCCGCACGAGAUGGCUGUGUUGGAGACCAUAAAGGUAGAGUACGACCCAGAGACACAGUCUGGCGAGUUGGCAAUAGAGGUGCAGGACCCUCAAAUGAAUGCGCCUGUGCUGCAGUCCAUUCAAAUUCCCAUUACAAAGAAGAAUGUCAUUCCAAUGGGAGCAUCCAUAUACACAGACGCAACCACCAUUGUGCUGUCUCUUGGGGGAGAGCAGAAGAAGGCGAAGCCUUCUCGCAUAAAAGGAUCAAUCUUCAUAAAUAUGAUAUCCAACAUAAGCAUAUACACAAUGAUUGCUUAUCUUAUACUGCUGCUUAUAUCCGUGGUAAGUGCGUGCUGGUUUAUGGUGCGCAGUGAGUGGCUUCUUGGGAGUGUCGCGAUCUCCAUCACAAGCGAUAGCAUGCGUACGCUUGUCUCAAAUGUUUUGAUUUUCAGCAGCUUGAUACCCCUCUCGCUUUUUGUCACGCUUGAUGGGCUAAGAAUAUCAUACUCGAUAUUCAUACAGAGCGAUACCACCAUGCAGUCAAAUGAGACACAGACAAAGUGCAACACCCACGGGGUUCUGGAAGAUAUUGGCUUGAUUUCGCAUGUGCUUUCAGACAAAACAGGCACCCUUACUCUGAACCAGAUGACUUUGAAAGGAUUCCAUCUACCUGGGAGCAGCUCGCUGGCUAUAAGGGACCCAAAGAACUUGCAGGCGCUGUACCAGUCCAUGAAUGUAAUAAGCAUUCUGACAGUCCUACUAUGCCACUCUGUUUGCAUGGUAAAUGGUGAGUACAUAGGAACAUCACAGGAAGAGGUGUGCUCUCUGCAGUACUUCAGAGACAACCAGAUAGUCCUUCUAAGCAACCAGGAUGGACGCGUGACCAUAGAUAUAGAGGGAAAUAUACUGACAGCACAUGUAUUGGGGGUUCUUCCAUUCUCCCCAGCCAUAGCAAGAAUGUCUGUCAUAGUGCUGGUGGAAAGAAAAGUAUUUAUUCUAACUAAAGGGUCUGAUGAAACUGUCCCCAAUAUGUGCACUCUGCAAGUGGGGGGAGAGUAUCGAACACUUACUAUGGCAGGCACUGAAAUAUCAAAAGAAAGCCUGCAAAAGAUAUCUGAAGAUACCACAGCCUCUUCUGGGCUAGAAGAAGCAGCAGCAAGCGAGCACAGGGAAAAUAUAAAGAAAAUUAUAAGAGUGAUGGAGAAUAAAAGUAAGACAGGUAAAGACUAUGAAAGUCUAAAGGGCAUCUCACUACCUAUAGAAUUUAUCAUGGAGUGCGAAAAGCUCACAGAAUACAUUGGAACUCUCUAUCUUGAAGACACUUUGCAGCCGGAUGCAGCAAAGACUGUCAGGUCAAUCACAAACAAAGGGACCAACCUGUGGAUGGUAACUGGGGAUAGAAAAGAAAGUGCUAUUUCCUGCGGGAUUCUUUCAGGAAUGGCAAGUGGUGUCAGGGCCAUAUCAGGCGCAGAAAUGAUGCGAAUUGUAGAAAGCGAGCCUGAGCUGCUAAAAGAAAAAUCCUUGGUUCUUUUUAGAUGCACGCCAGAGCAUAAGAAGGAAAUUGCGCAUAUUCUAAGGCGUGCUGGAAACAUUGUAUUAGCAGUGGGGGAUGGUGAGAAUGACAUUGGAAUGAUUGAAGAGGCUGAUAUUGGAGUGUGCGUAUGCGGCCCAGAGUCAAGCAGAACCUCGCUCUCUGCAGACUUGGUAAUUCCUUCAUUCAGUGCACUGGGAAGGCUUGUUAUGCAUCACGGACCGAUUGCUUUAAAUCGGCUGCGAAAUGUAUUUCUGUUCUUUAUAUUCAAAAGUGUGUGCGUGGCUGUGUGUCAAUGCAUCUACGGUGGGUUUGUUGGGGCGUCUGGCUCAAUGGCUCCAUCCUCGCUUUUCCUUAUUUUCUUUAACUCUCUUUUAACAUCGCCUCUUUCUGUUGAAAUGGGGCUUUUUAGAAGGGCGUGCAUAAGAAAGUCUGUGUUUGACUCGUUUCUUCGUGGUGUGUUGUACGGAGUGGCUUCUUUCUGUGUGGUGUACAGUCUAUUUGGAUCAAUUGAUGUUAUAAGCAUGGAUGGGGAGUUAGGAGGGCAUUCUUUGGUAAGCUGCUUCUUUUCAAUGUGUUUGUUCAUCUCGACUGUAUCGUACUUUAUAUACUCAGCAGAGUCAUUUGUGAUAUACUCCUUUCUAGCUCUGUUUGUCUCUAUGAUGUUUUUUAUCCUAAUAAUCGGCAUGGAUAUUGGAUUUGAAGCCUUUGCAUCCCCUGCAUUCUAUCUGUGCGCAAUAUAUAUGAUUCUAGCUGGGAUGGCUGUGGAGAGAGUAUCUGCAGUUUUGAGAAAAAAUCAUGCAGAGAGACAGAGUUCUGACGUGUGGGAGGAGCAGACAGUUCGUGCAUGA